CUUUGACGAUGAAGGUCCGGAGACUCACGCCGUCACCGGAGAGGAAACGCCGGGGAGCAGCUCCAGUCCGACCGGAGGAGACGGAGACGGAGGAGAUGGAGACGGCCGGCCUACAGAUGUGGAGCCUCCCCCCGGCCCCCCCGACCAGACGGAGGUCGUCCCCCCCCGGAGCAGGACAGAGGUCCAGCAGGUGAACGGCAUGGUGGAGGACCGCUCCUCCGUCUCCUCCAACGACAUGCUGGACGGCGAGGGCCUCCAGGGGCCCCACAGCGCGGCCCGGUUCUCCCACGUCCUGCAGAAAGACGCCUUCCUGGUGUUCCGGUCGCUCUGCAAGCUGUCCAUGAAGCCGCUGGCCGACGGACCGCCGGACCCCAGGUCCCACGAGCUGCGCUCCAAGAUCGUGUCCCUGCAGCUGCUGCUGUCGGUGCUGCAGGGCGCCGGGCCCGUGUUCCGGACACACGAGAUGUUCGUCAACGCCAUCAAGCAGUACCUGUGCGUGGCGCUGUCCAAGAACGGCGUGUCGUCGGUGCCGGAGGUGUUCGAGCUGUCGCUGGCCAUCUUCCUCACGCUGCUGUCGCACUUCAAGGUGCACCUGAAGAUGCAGAUCGAGGUUUUCUUCAGGGAGAUCUUCCUCACCAUCCUGGAAACGUCCACCAGCUCCUUCGAGCACAAGUGGAUGGUGAUCCAGACGCUGACGCGGAUCUGUGCAGACGCCCAGUGCGUGGUCGACAUCUACGUCAACUACGACUGCGACCUGAACGCCGCCAACAUCUUUGAGCGUCUGGUCAACGAUCUGUCCAAGAUCGCCAUGGGCCGCAGCGGCCAGGAGCUGGGCAUGACGCCCCUGCAGGAGCUGAGUCUGCGUAAGAAGGGUCUGGAGUGCCUGGUGUCCAUCCUGAAGUGCAUGGUGGAGUGGAGCAAGGACAUGUACGUCAACCCCAACCUGCAGGCCAACCUGGGCCAGGAGCACCCGUCGGACGGCGAGGCCGGGGAGCUGAAGCUUCCGGAGCAGCUGGCCGGGCGGCGGGACAGCGCCAGCUCGCUGGACUCCACCCUGUCGGCGGCGGCGACGCAGGCCGACCACCCGGAGCAGUACGAGGUCAUCAAGCAGCAGAAGGACAUCAUCGAGCACGGCAUCGAACUCUUCAACAAGAAGCCCAAGCGAGGGAUCCAGUACCUGCAGGACCAGGGCAUGCUGGGAACCACGGCCGAGGACAUUGCACAGUUCCUGCAGCAGGAGGACCGGCUGGACACGACGCAGGUGGGCGAGUUCCUGGGCGAGAACAGCAAGUUCAACCGGGAGGUGAUGUACGGCUACGUGGACCAGCUGGACUUCUGCGGCCGGGACUUCGUGUCCGCCCUGCGGGCGUUCCUGGAGGGGUUCCGGCUGCCGGGCGAGGCCCAGAAGAUCGACCGGCUCAUGGAGAAGUUCGCCGCCCGCUACCUGGAGUGCAACCAGGGGCAGACGCUGUUCGCCAGCGCAGACACGGCCUACGUGCUGGCGUACUCCAUCAUCAUGCUGACCACCGACCUGCACAGCCCCCAGGUGAAGAACAAGAUGACGAAGGAGCAGUACAUCAAGAUGAACCGCGGCAUCAACGACAGCAAGGACCUGCCGGAGGAAUACCUGUCCUCCAUCUACGACGAGAUCGCCGGCAAGAAGAUCGCCAUGAAGGAGAGCCGCGAGUUCUCCGUCACGCCCAAGUCCAGCAAGCAGAGCGUGGCCAGCGAGAAGCAGCGACGGCUGCUCUACAACAUGGAGAUGGAGCAGAUGGCCAAGACGGCCAAGGCCCUGAUGGAGGCGGUGAGCCACGCCCAGGCUCCGUUCUUCAGCGCCACCCACCUGGAGCACGUCAGGCCCAUGUUCAAGCUAGCGUGGACGCCCCUGCUAGCAGCCUUCAGCGUGGGCCUGCAGGACUGUGACGACCCCGAGGUGGCGUCUCUGUGUCUGGAGGGAAUCCGCUGCGCCAUCAGGAUCGCCAGCAUCUUCAGCAUGCAGCUGGAGCGGGACGCCUACGUGCAGGCUCUGGCCCGGUUCACCCUGCUGACGGCCAGUUCCAGCAUCACGGAGAUGAAGCAGAAGAACAUCGACACCAUCAAGACCCUGAUCACCGUGGCCCACACCGACGGGAACUACCUGGGGAACUCCUGGCACGAGAUCCUGAGAUGCAUCAGCCAGCUGGAACUGGCCCAGCUGAUCGGAACCGGGGUGAAGACCCGCUACAUCUCUGGGGGGGUCCGGGACCGGGACGUGGGGAUCCGGGGCCUCCCGCCCGGGUCCGAGGAGUUCAUGCCCCUGGGGCUCGGAACCCUGGUGGGCGGUCCGGACCGGAGACAGAUGGCCCACAUCCAGGAGUCUGUGGGGGAGACCAGCUCCCAGAGCGUGGUGGUGGCGGUGGACAGGAUCUUCACCGGGUCGACCCGUCUGGACGGGAACGCCAUCGUGGACUUUGUGCGCUGGCUGUGCGCCGUCUCCAUGGACGAGCUGGCGUCGGCCCACCAGGCCCGGAUGUUCAGCCUGCAGAAGAUCGUGGAGAUUUCCUACUACAACAUGAACCGGAUCCGCCUGCAGUGGUCCCGGAUCUGGCAGGUCAUCGGAGACCACUUCAACAAGGUGGGCUGCAGCCCCAACGAGGACGUGGCCAUCUUCGCCGUGGACUCGCUGCGGCAGCUGUCCAUGAAGUUCCUGGAGAAGGGCGAGCUCGCCAACUUCCGCUUCCAGAAGGAUUUCCUGCGGCCGUUCGAGCACAUCAUGAAGAAGAACAGGUCCCCCACCAUCAGGGACAUGGUGAUCCGCUGCGUGGCCCAGAUGGUGAACUCCCAGGCCGCCAACAUCCGCUCCGGCUGGAAGAACAUCUUCUCCGUGUUCCACCAGGCGGCUGGAGACCACGACGAGACCAUCGUGGAGCUGGCCUUCCAGACCACGGGACACAUCGUCAUGAACACCUUCCAGCAACACUUCGGCGCCGCCAUCGACUCCUUCCAGGACGCGGUGAAGUGCCUGUCGGAGUUCGUGUGCAACGCGGCGUUUCCCGACACCAGCAUGGAAGCUAUCCGGCUGAUCCGCCACUGCGCCAGAUACGUGUCGGACCGGCCGCAGGCGCUGAGGGAGUACACCAGCGACGACAUGAACGUUGCCCCCGGCGACCGCGUCUGGGUCCGAGGCUGGUUCCCCAUCCUGUUUGAGCUCUCCUGCAUCAUCAACCGCUGCAAGCUGGACGUCCGGACCAGAGGCCUGACGGUGAUGUUUGAGAUCAUGAAGAGUUACGGCGGCUCCUUCGAGCAGCACUGGUGGCACGACCUGUUCAGGAUCGUCUUCCGCAUCUUCGACAACAUGAAGCUUCCGGAGCAGCAGACAGAGAAGACGGAGUGGAUGACGACCACCUGCAACCACGCCCUCUACGCCAUCUGUGACGUCUUCACCCAGUUCUACGAGCCGCUGAGCCAGAUCCUGCUGGGAGACCUGUUCACCCAGCUGCAGUGGUGCGUCCGGCAAGACAACGAGCAGCUGGCCCGGUCCGGGACCAACUGCCUGGAGAACCUGGUGAUUCUGAACGGGGAGAAGUUCAGCCCCGACGUCUGGAACAUCACCUGCUGCUGCAUGUUGGAGAUCUUCCAGAACACCAGCCCGCAGGCUUUGUUGACGUGGCGACCGGCUGGACAGGACGAAGACACCGCGGACGGGAAACACCUGGACCCCGACCUGGACAGCCAGUCCCAGAGCAGCUACGACCGGGCUCCGUCGGAGCGCGGACACAGCCAGAUGUCCAGCGACGACACCUGGAGGGGCCGGCCCGGCACCAGAGUGUCGGACCAGAAGCUGUUUGCCGGGCUGCUGAUCAAGUGCGUGGUUCAGCUGGAGCUGAUCCAGACGGUCGACAACAUCGUCUUCUUCCCCGCGACCAGCAAGAAGGAGGACGCCGACAACAUGGCGGCUGCACAGCGGGACGCCCUGGAGGAGGCGGAGCCUAGCGGCGGGGAGGCGUGUCCGGACCAGGGCAUGUACGGUCACAUGACCUCGGCUCACCUCUUCAAGCUGCUGGACUGUCUGCUGGAGUCGCACAACUUCGCCAAGGACUUCAACUCCAACAACGAGCAGCGGACGGCGCUGUGGAGGGCAGGGUUCAAGGGCAAGUCCAAGCCCAACCUGCUGAAGCAGGAGACCAGCAGUCUGGCCUGCAGCCUGAGGAUCCUGUUCAGGAUGUACUCGGACCCGGGUCUGCAGGACUCCUGGCCCGACAUCCAGACCCGCCUGCUGCUGGUCUGCAGCGAGGCUCUGGCGUACUUCAUCAGCCUGACGUCAGAGAGUCACCGGGAGGCCUGGAACAGUCUGCUGAUGCUGCUGCUGACCCGGACGCUGAGACUACCGGACCUCAAGUUCCGGCCCCACGCCUCCGUCUACUACCCCCACCUGUGUGAGAUGAUGCAGUUCGACGUGAUCCCGGAGCUGAGGGCCGUCCUGCGCCGCUUCUUCCUGCGCAUCGGCUCCGUCUUCCACAUCGCUGCGGGGGACGGGCCCCGGGACGGGCCCCUCCUAGAGCGGAGCCCCGCCUCCUAGAGCAGAGCCCCGCCUCCUAGAGCCGCA